AUGAGACCUCGUUUUUUUUUGUUCCUGCUUUCUAUAAUAUAUAUAUAUAAUAGUUUAAGAAUAAAAUGCUCAUCCUUAUUAGGUAUCGAUUUUGGUAAUGAAUAUAUAAAGGUAUCCAUAGUAUCUCCUGGUAAAGGAUUUAAUAUUUUAUUAAAUAAUCAGAGUAAAAGGAAAAUAACAAAUUCUAUAUCUUUUGCAAAUAAGUUUAGAACAUAUGAUGAAGAAUCUAAGAUUUACAGCACAAAAUAUCCACAAUUAACUCUACUAAACAGUAAUAAUAUAUUAGGUUAUAAUUUAUUUGAUUCAUUAAAGAAUAAAGAGAAUUUCGUAAUUGAAAAUUAUGAUGAAAAUAAUGAAGAAUUUUAUAGUGAUAUAAAUAAUUAUGAUUUUUCCAAUGAUUUUGGUUCUAAGUAUUAUUCAUAUGAUUAUGUAGUAGAUCAUAAAAGAGGUACAAUAAAUAUCAAACUAAAAGAUAAUAUGGUAAUAUCAUCUGAAGAAGUUACAGCAAAUAUAUUAGGUUAUAUAAAAAAGUUAGCAUAUACACAUUUGAAUAUUGAUUAUAAAAUGAAAAGAAAUAUAAAUUUAAAUAUUGGUUGUGUUAUAUCUGUUCCUUGUAAUUUCUCUCAAAGAAAAAAACAAGCUUUAAUCAACGCAAGUAAAAUUGCUGGUUUAGAAUUAUUAGGAAUAAUUAAUGGCGUGACAGCAGCAGCUAUACAUAAUGUACAUGACAUUCCUUUAAAUACAACGAAACUUACUAUGUAUUUAGAUAUAGGAAGUAAAAAUAUUAAUGUAGGUAUUGCUACUAUUAGUUUUGUAGAAAAAGAUAAAGUUCGCUCAAGAAGUGUACAAGUAUAUGCUUGUGAAUCUUUAGAAAAUAAUUCAGGUAAUAAAAUUGAUAUGUUAUUAGCUGAAAAUUUAAGAAAAAAGUUUGAAGAAAAAUAUAACGUAUCUAUAGAGAAUGAUAAAAAAGCUAUGAGAAAAUUAAUUGUUGCUGCAAAUAAAGCAAAAUUGUUAUUAAGUGCUAAAAAGUCAGCUGAUGUAUUUAUAGAAAGUUUAUAUAAUAAUAAAAGUUUAAAUGAAAGUGUUAGUCGACAAGACUUUGAAGAAUUAAUACAAGAAGUAAUUGAAAAUAUGAAAAUACCAAUAAAUAAAGCAUUAGAAAAAGGAGGAUUUCAAUUAAAGGAUAUAGAAGCUUUAGAAUUAAUAGGAUCAGGUUGGAGAGUACCUAAAAUAUUAAAUGAAGUUACCGAAUUUUUUAAUCCAUUAAAAGUUGGUAUGCAUUUAAAUAGUGAUGAAGCUGUUACUAUGGGUUCUCUCUAUAUAGCUGCAUAUAACAGUGCAAAUUUCAGAUUAAAAGAUUUAGAUUAUAAAGAUAUUGUAUCUAAUGAAUAUCAUAUAUUAGUAAAUACUGAUGAAGAAGAAAAUAAUACUACAAAUGAAGAGAAGCUUAAUAUUAAAAAAGAAUUAGUAAAUUAUAAUUCUAGAUAUCCUCAUAAUAAAAAUGUUAUACUAACAUAUAAAGAUAAUUUAAAAUUUUCAGUAUAUGAAAAUGGAAAAAUUAUAAAUGAGUAUAUUUUAGGUAACUUAGAUAAUGCAAUUAAAUCCAAAUAUGAACAUCUUGGUACACCAAAAUUAAAUUUAAAAUUUUACUUAGAUAAAUUUGGUAUUUUAUCAUUAGAUAAAGUUCUUGUUGUUUAUGAAGAACAAAAAGAUGGAGCUGGUGAUACGAAAGAUAACAAAAAAGAAGGUGAUGAAGAAAAUAAUAAUAAUAAUAAUAAUAAUGAAGAAAUAAAUAAAGAUGAUGACACAAAUAAUAAUAAAAGUGAUGAUGAACAAAACAAAGGAGAUGAAAAUAAAUCAAAUGAUGAAAACAAGGAAAGUGAAGAAAAUAAAAAAAAUGGUGAGAAAAAAAAAAAUGAAAUUAUAAAACAUAACAUUCCUAUUGAAUUUCAAACAAGAAAUAUUAAACCGUUACCACUUACAUUUGAAGAAAUAAAAGAAAAAAAGGAAAUCUUAAAAAAUUUAGAUGAACACGAUAUUGAUAUUUUUUUAAAAUCUGAGAAAAAAAACACAUUAGAAUCAUUCAUAUAUGAAACCAGAAGUAAAAUGAAACAAGAUAUAUAUAAACAAGUUACAAAAGAAGAAACGAGAAAUGAAUAUCUCAAUAAACUAGAAGAAUAUGAAGAUUGGUUAUAUACCGAAAAAGAUGAACCUUUAGAAAAUGUUAGUAAUAAAAUUCAUGAAUUACAAGAUAUUUAUAAUCCAAUCAAAGAAAGAGCUGAAGAAUUACAAGUAAGAGAUAAAAUUAUUGAAGAAACAAAUAAAAAAAUACAAGAAAUGAUUGAAAAAAUUAAGGAUCUUUCUGACAAAAAACCAUGGGCUGCUGAGACAAUUAAAAUGGUCAAAGAUUCUCUAGAUAAAGAAGUUCAAUGGUGGAACCAUGCACAAGAAGAACAAAAAAAAUUAGAUAAUUAUACUGCUCCAUUUUUUAAACAUAAAGAUGUUCAAUUAAAAUUUAAAUCCAUACAAAUGUUAAUUAAAACAUUAGAUAAAUUAAAAAAACCUGUUGAAAAAAAAGAAGAUAAGAAAAAUACAGAUAAUCAAAAUGAAAAUACAUCAAAACAAGAUGCAGGCGUAGAUAAAAAUCACAAUACAACAGAAAAUCAAAAUGAACAAUCAGAACAAAAUCAAAAUAAUGAAAAUAAGGAUGAUAACCAAAAUAAUGAACAUGAUGCUAAUCAAUCAUCCAACAAUGAGCAAAAUAAAAAUGAUGGAGCAUCAGAUCAAAAAGAUGAAUUAUAA